AUGGUCGUCAAAGCACUCAAACAAUCCUCCAUCGCCAGAAAUGGUGUUGGUGCAUACAUCUUUCCAUGCAAAAAAAUUGUGUUGCAGUAUUGCAAUUGGGGUGGCUCAUCGCAGGGAAUGCGUAACUUUUUGAACAGCAAACGAUUGAACCUUCUGGCACGCAAAUACCCAGACAUCGAAUUCAACGUAAUCAAACAAUCCGGUCAUCCAUUGGUAAGGGCUCAUUACACCAACGGCAGGGAGAAGGUAAUUUGCGUGAGGAAUUUGAACAUCGACAACGUGGAAAACAAGCUAAAAUCGCUCAAGGACUCCUCGGGUGAAAUUCUGCAUCAUCGUGUUUCCAACGAUUACGUGGACUCCCUCAAUUCGAGCGUCAGAGGUGUAUGGUCGCCAAUGCAUGUUGAUCCCUCUGUUAGACACAAGGUGUAG